AUGCGGAAGGUGGUGCUGGUCACCGGCGCGAGCAGCGGCGUCGGCCGAGCGCUGUGCCAGCGGCUGCUGGAGGCGGACGACGGGCUGCACCUGUGCCUGGCGUGCAGGAACCGGGCCCGCGCCGAGGCCGCCCGCGACGCGCUGCUGGCCGCCCGGCCCCGCGCCCAGGUGAGCACGGUGCAGGUGGACGUCUCCGACCUGCGCUCCGUGCUGCGCGCCGCCCGGGAGCUCAGGCGCAGGUUUCAGAGGUUAGACUAUGUGUACCUGAACGCUGGGAUCAUGCCCAGCCCCCACCUAAACAUCAAAGCCCUUUUUUCCAGCCUCUUUUCAAGAAGAGUGGUUCAUGUGCUGUCCACAGCUGAAGGGCUGCUGACCCAGGAAGACAGGAUCACCGCUGACGGGCUCCAGGAGGUCUUUGUGACCAACGUCUUCGGCCACUUUGUCCUGGUGCAGGAACUGGAGUCCCUGCUCUGCCACGGCGACGGCCCCUCGCGGCUCAUCUGGACGUCGUCGCGCAGCGCCAGGCGGGCCAACUUCAGCCUGGAAGACGUCCAGCACAGCAGCGGCCGGGAGCCCUACAGCUCCUCCAAGUACGCCCUGGACCUGCUGAGUGUGGCCUUGAACCGGAACUUCAACCAGCGGGGCCUGUUCUCCAGCGUGGCCUGCCCGGGGACCAUGCUGACCAACCUGACCUACGGGAUCCUGCCCUCCUUCCUGUGGACGCUGAUGAUGCCCCUCAUAUGGCUGGUGCGCUUCUUCGCGAACGCUUUCACCCUGACGCCCUCCAACGGAGCUGAGGCCCUGGUGUGGCUCUUCCACCAGAAGCCGGAGUCUCUCAACCCCCUGACCAAGUACCUGAGCGCCACCACCGGCUUCGGGAGCAACUACGUGACGACCCAGAAGAUGGACCUCAGCGAAGACACGGCUGAGAAGCUCUACCAGAGCCUCCUGGACCUGGCGCAGCGGGUCAGGGUCACCAUCCUGGACGCGGACUAGCAGAGCGCGGGACGGCCCCUCAGCGUCCCUGUGGCACGUGGGUUCCUGUCGGGAGGAUGGUGUCGUCUGUCUCCCUCCCUCUGUCCGGUUUCUCGCUAAGGCUGUGCGCUCGUCAGAAAAGGUUCAUGCUGUGAGACAUCACUUAGCUGUUCUCUGAACGGUGACCGCCAGGCUCUGCCCGUCUCCCGGCAGUGACCCCUGUGCUCGUGGGUUUGUUCUGCCACCUGGGCCCAACCACGUCUGGGACGAGGCGUGACCUUGAGCAGCGAGACGCGGGCUCACCGGCUCCCACCGGCUCCCCCGCUGGCCUGCCCUGGCAGGACACACGGCCACUCUGAGUGGCAGCAGCCUCAGCUGCCCCUUCUCUGAGCAUCUCCUUAGGUCUCUGACCCUGACUCUUCCCACCGCCGCCCACAGCCCUGGGUUCUGAGCCCUGACCGCCCGCCAGGUGCCGCGGGAAUGGGGGUGUCCUUGAGCCGCCUGUGACUUCUUACCUCAUUCUGCUUUUCUAAU